ACCAAAACAUAGUAAUCUCUUAGUGACAAACCUAUCUAAAUAUCUAAUACUACUACUACGUACUUGCAUGAUUAAGGCAUUAAUUAAUUAGUAGAAUACCAAAAUAUGCUACUAAUCCUUCUCUUUCCCCUCAUUGCAGUAGUUUUUCUUACAUUAAUUCUUCUUCCAAAACAACACAAGAAAAUUGAAGAAUUUCGCCCUCCGCCGGGACCUAAAGGCCUUCCAAUUAUUGGAAACCUUCACCAAUUUGACCCCUCAAAACCAGCUCAUCUCUACUUUGCCAAGCUAGCCAAAAUUUACGGUCCUAUAUUUAGUUUACGACUUGGCCAUCGUUCAAUGGUUGUGAUUCAAUCGGCGAAGAUGGCUAAAGAAGUCUUGCAAACACAGGAUAAGAACUUUAUUAACAGAUUUUCUUCAGUUGGUGCUAGAAGGCUAAGUUACAAUGGGUUAGACUUACUGUUUGCUCCUUAUAAUGAUUAUUAUACAGAAAUAAAGAAGUUCCUUGUGGUUCAUUUUUUAAGCUCUGAAAAGGUGCAGUCUUUUGCACCAAUUCGACAAAAAGAAAUCUCAAGGCUUAUUCAAAAGAUUUCAACUUCUAAUGUUGUCAAUUUGAGUGAAUUGAUAGUAAAUUAUGCAACUUCCAACAUUUGCAACAUCGCUUUUGGCAAGAGGUACGAGGAUGACGAGAUAUCAAGGAGCAGAUUUCAUAGCCUUCUACUUGAAGCUCAAGCCAUGUUUGCAGGCUUCUUCUAUGCUGAUCAUUUCGCUACUGUUGGCCACUGGCUUGAUAAGCUUACCGGAAAAAUCUCUAAACUAGACAAGACAUUUCAGGACUUAGAAAACUUUUAUGAAGAAAUUAUUAAUGACCAUCUUCAUACAAACAAGCAGCCUAAAUCUGAGCAAGAGGGUAUUAUUGGCAUUCUACUCCAACUCAAGAAAGAACGUUCCUUUCCAUUUGAACUCACCCCCGACCACAUCAAAGCGAUCUUAAUGAAUCUUUUUAUAGGGGGGUCAGAUACAAGUAUCGCCAUGACAAUUUGGGUAAUGACAGAGCUAGUUAAGCAACCAAACGCGAUGAAGAAAGUCCAGGAAGAACUUAGAAAUGCAAUUCAAAACAAGGAAUACAUUGUUCACGAUGAUUUAUCGAAUCUGGAAUACUUCAAGGCAGUGGUGAAGGAAACAUUUAGGUUGCAUCCAUCAACUCCAUUAUUAGUACCACGCGAGACAUUACAACAUUGCACCAUACAAGGAUACGAUAUUCUACCUAAGACUAUAGUAUCUAUCGAUAUAUGGGCUAUUGGAAGAGACCCCAAAGUUUGGAAACAACCCGAUUUAUUUAUCCCGGAAAGGUUUUUGGGCAGUUCAAUAGACUUCAAGGGAUGUGACUUUGAGCUAAUUCCUUUUGGGGCCGGAAGAAGAAUAUGUCCUGGAAUACAUCUUGGUGUUGCUGGCUUGGAGACUUUGCUUGCCAAUCUUCUAUACUAUUUUGAUUGGGAAUUACCAAGUGGUUUAACAAAGGAAGAUAUCGACACUGAUGUUGAAUUUGGUGUCGUUAUGCAUAAGAAAAAUCCACUUUACCUCGUUCCAAAUAAAGUUUAUUCUUAUGGACCACAAGAUAUUGGAAUCAAAUAUUAAGAAAACACGAAAUAAUAUAUCUAUAUGUGAGUACGCAUAAGCAAAGUUUAUUGUUUGAAAUAAGUUUGCUUUUUGUUAAUAAGGUGAAUUGCUUUGCUCGUUCUAGUUUUUAUUUGUUGUAAUAUGUUGUACUGUAUACAUACAAUGUUCAACCUAUAAUGUAAUUAAA